GCGCCCCCCUCCCGGCGAGGCCGCCCAGCGAGGCUGCGCAGCGGAGCCAGAGCCGCCCAGCGAGACUGCCCAUGGCGGGGCCAAGCGCCGCUGCCUGCGGGAGGCUCCCACAGGGGCCGGCAGCGCGCGCGGAGGCCCCGAGGGGUGGGUGCGGCGGCUGCUGGAGCUGAUCCCCGCGGGGGCGAGGGCCAAGGAGCGGGCCUACCCGCAGAGGGCCGGGGCCACGGGGUGGAAGGAGUGCUACAUCGGAAGGCGCAAGAGCACGGCAUGAGGCACGCAUAUUAAUUUUCGGAGGUAUGCGCGGAUAUCUUGGGCCAGCUCUAGAUUCCCUCCCCCCACGCCCCUCCAGGGCAGGAGGCACGCGAGCUGUGGGGAGGGGGGCCCCAGCGCCCACACGGGAGCUCUGCGCGGACCUCUGAAACUGUGGGCGCGUGCAGCUCUUGCCUCUUCCGCGCGUGCCGUGGGAGACGGAGUGCUCGAUCACGGAGGAGACGGGCGUGCACGACUUCCUGGGCUGCCUGCUGCGGGGCGGCCCCGGGGGCGCGGGCCCAUCGCGCUACAUGGACUACUGCCACCUCGAGGGGCUCGCCGAGGACCGCGUGGGCGGUGCGGUCGCCGGCGAGUGGCACGAGCGCGUGGCCUCGUUCCGCGACGCCCUCUUCGGGGCGGUCGUGGCGGCGCGGGCGCGAGCAGCGCCACUCCCCAGCCCCUGCCGUGCCUCUGGGCGGGCACGCGGGGGAGCAGCACCCGCAUGCACUACGACAGCUACGGGGUCAACGUGGCGUGCCAGCUGUUGGGCAGGAUGCGGCGGCGCGCCCAGGUGGGAGGCUUGCCGGCGUGUCCGAGACGCGGGUGCCGUUCGAGGAGAGCACCGGCUUCUGUGGCGAGGCGUUCUGCGACUCGAUGGCGCAGCUGGAGGAGGAGGCGGCAGGGCGACGAGGCCACGAGAGGAUGUACUUUGUGGACCUGGAGCCGGGCGACCUCCUGUACGUUCCCUGGCACUGGUUCCACACCACAUUCGACGACACGUACAGUCUCGACACAUUCGCGGUGUCCGACAGCAUCAGCGUCAACCAGUGGCUGCCGCACCCUGGGGACGCUCACGAGAGGGUCCUGGAGCAGGUGUGUCGGGUGGUGGUGAACUCCUUGGCGCAGAGGUUCUCUCUGAGAGGACCAGCCUGGAGGAGGACCCGCGCCCGGAGGAUGCCUCGGAGUCGGAGGCGCAGAGCGCCGCCGCCAGCGACCCUCCCCCGCACGCAGGACGAGGCGAGCCGCAGGGCGGGGCAGGGGCCGACCUGGAGUGCCUGGUCCGCGCGUGCGAGCUGCUCCCCCCCGCCGCCGCCGCGCCGCGGGGCGCGGCCGGGGGCCAGGCGGGCGCGGGCGGCCUCGGCGCGCGGCGCCAGGAGGCCGCGCGGUGUGUGCUCGAGGCCAGCACGCAGCCGGACGUGCUGGAGGCGGUCGCGCGCCACUUCCUGGGGCGCUGGCGCGGGCAGAGACAGGCGCAGGUCACCGUGUCGCCGUCGGCGGCGCCGGUCCAGGCCGAGGCUCUGGCGGCAUGGCAGAAGUUCUACGACGCGCAGCAGCAGGAGGGCGCCUGCCCGCUCCCCGCCCCCGGCUUCGACUGCGAGCAGGGCCACGAGUGCACCUUCAAAGAUGCCAAGCUCCAGACUUUCAAGGUCCUGAAUCAUGGGGGCCUGACUGAGACCGUCCUCUCCAACGGUGGGGCGGCCUACUUUUUCGGGGAGAACUCACCAAGCGUGCCCCCCUACUAUCUCGCCAAACUCCAGUGCAAUGGGGAGGUCCUUCUCAAAGCCCCCGCGGCUGAGAGUGGCGACAAGGUGGACAAAGAAAGUUGCUCUACUUAUAAGGCGAUGCAGAGCGUGACUGUCGGUAACAACACCUGGAAGUCGUCGGUCGAGCGGUUGAUCAGGAGUAACUAUCUUUGCAUCGACGUGAAUGUGUCUUCUGCGAGCGCCGCGGGUUGGGAGGGGGUAUGCUUGCUUAGCAAGUCCCCGUUAAGCUCCGACCCGCCGUCGAUUAACGCGGUCGCGAAAACUUUGCACGUCACAGGGACAGAGCUGUUCCAAAUCGUGCAGGGCAACUUCACGGCCUUGCGGGGAAAGUUGAACACGUCUUCUUGCCCAGGGGGGGCUCCCAUAUUCGCGCUGGCCCAACUUGACGGCGCCUUGGCAAGGAAGGGUGGCGGCGGCGGCGGUGGCAGCAGCAAGUCGAGUGGCACAGGCUUAAUGGUAAUCGGCGCGGUUCUCAUGGUCAGUGCCUUUGUUGUUACUGGUGCAUCUGGAGGCGCCUUUGCACCGGUUGCAACCAUUAUGUUUGGCUGGGGUGCCGGGUUCGUGAUCGGAGGAGCGACCACGGUGUGGGGAGGCGGCCAGCAAUCAGCUGGAGGGGGAGUUGCGGUACAGGCUGCAGUGAACGCUGCCGGUGGAAAAGCGAGUGGACCUGCUGGGGCCGCAGUCACUGGCUUCGCUAUUGGCGUGGGGGCGGUGGCUGGUAUGCUGGAGGGGAUUCCCCUGCAUGACCAUCGGGGCCAGGACGGGGACAAGUUCUUGAAGUCGAGGCAAGACCACCUCUGCGCAGACUAUCAGGACGGCAUCAUGAAUGCGUACAUGAGGCCGUGCGCUGGCAAUGCGACCGCAGAGUGGUUCUUUGCCGAAAAGGCUUGGCUCGACUACAACAACGACCCGCUGCGCGAGCUCACCGGCCGCGACACCACCCCGCUCAAGCAUAUGCAGAAGUAUCAGCAGACGCUCCCGUGGGCGAAGGAGCAAUGCGCGAGCAGUGCCCAAUGUCAGGCCUUCUGCUGGAACCCGGAUGACUUGACGAUUUUCCAUCAACAGACCGAGCAGGGCUUCACGCCAACUGGGAGAAUUGGCCAGGGUAUGUCGUGUUUCAAAAAAGUGUUCUUCGAAGGCAAGGCGCUGGUGAGCAUGCGGGGCACCAAAUGUUUGGAGCACAACACGGGCAACAACAAUGUGUACAUGCAUCACUGUCACGGCGGAGCCAAUCAACAGUGGUACCUCGACGGGGAGCAGAUGAAGACGAAGUGGGACGACAAGUGCCUUGACUACAGCUUCGACGAUCCGUCCAAGAACCUCUACAUGAAGCCGUGCCAUGGCGGCCUGAACCAGAAGUGGUACUUCGCGUGA